GAAGAAGCCAUUGAUAGUGAAGAAGCCAUUGAUAGUGAAGAAGCCAUUAUUACUGAAGACACUGUUUUCAUCGAUGAUGACAUGGCCACUUCAGUGGCUAAUGUUUUAAACAGAAGAAAAAAUGUGCAAAGCACUAUAUUUAACGCUGGUAAAGAGCUUCAUCAUCGAUACAAAGCUGGCUCUAAACUGAACUUUACCCAAAUGAAAACAAUGAAAUGUGGUUUGUCGAAUAUAUUAAAUUUAUCCGAAGAGGAUAUGCAAUAUUCACAACGCAGCCUAUUUUCACCAGAUACAUGGAAUAAGCUCAUUAGAAAGUACAAUUGUUUCAACCUUUCUCUUCCAGCUUCCAUCGAAUCUUUUAACGAUAAAUGGGAAACAAUUUCUGAUUUAUGUAUAAUCAAUAAGGAUUCUUUGUUGGGAAAAAAAUAUAUUAGCACGCUUGAAUCUUCACCGGCUAUCACCAUAUAUCAGCUUCGUAUACUUGACCUUUUCAGGGAAGUAAUUUACUUGGUUGACUCAAGAAGAUUCAUGUUGAACCAGGAAAACAGAGCUAAAAUAUCAGAAAGAGAUUUUACGUAUCAGCUCUGGUUACCCAUCUUCCAAAAAAUAUUUCAUAUUAACGAUGAAAUCAUUCGAAUUAAAGUUGGGGAAACGGUACUAUCAGAAUCAACAGAAUCCAAAGCAUCUAUUUAUACAAGCUCCAGCAAUAUUGUCGGUUUUAAGGUGGACAUACGCUUUUUAUUGGAUUUUGAAACUGAAGAGUUUGACCUUGCUUGUGCUGAGGCAUGCAUCCCGGUUGUUCCCGUGGCAAAAAUUCACCAUGACAUGUCAAAGCUAUUACGUGAGGGUAAAAUCAUGCAAACUGCUGCCCUUAAUGUCAUACAAAAUAGCAGUAUAUAUUCUUGGGUGAUCCAAAUUUCAGGUCCAUCAUGCAGCUUUUAUACUGUCCACGGUACCAAGAAUCAGUAUCAUGUAUGCGUCCAUCAGUUUAUGGUCGUCUUUCCCAAAGAAUAUUCCGAAUUACCAUCGUUCCUAAAAUCAUUAUCAAAUAUUCUUAUGUUUCGAGACUCAUUGGAAGCUACAGCAAAUAGCAUGAAAGCGGCUAUUUUAAAAACUCGUAGUGACAUGGAUGAAGGAGAUUUGGGUGCUUCGAGACCAUCAACUCCAACUGUUUUUGAAAGUGCAUCCAUCUAUCAUACUCCCCCUCACAGAGAUAGUUCUAAUUCACGAAUGCCUGAAGGUAUAUAUUUCGAUGAAUUUACAGAAAGCGAAUUGGGUAGCUCUCCAGGUAGUACUUCCCAUGUACAUGACACUGAAACGGAUGCUUUGGGUUUUGUCCAAAAUGGUGAAAAAUGGACGAAUGUGUUGACCGGUAAGACUUACUCUUAUAACCCUUAUGAAUUAUAAGUACCUUUCUUUCUUGAAAAAAAGUGUACACAACAAAUGGUCCCAUUAAAAAAAAAAUUAAUAAAGAC